CCGACUGAGGGUUUCAUAGGUACCUAAUUACAGUGCGAGAGCUCAUCUAUAAGCUUGUGCCAGAUGUAACGGGUUUGUCAGGGGAAGAGGUUACACAAAAGCGAGCAGAGAAGCAUCUUCACAUACGUCUGCAACUAAAACCUUGCGCAAAGCUCCAGUAAGGUUUUAAAUGAUGACAGCUAAAACCCUGGACAAAACCCCUGUCACCCUCGGAGGUUUUGUACACCCGCUUUCCGAGAGUGUGUACUCUGUGGAUGAAGUCGCGACAAACCUGCCAACUUCAGUUACUAUAUUUCCAAACGGUGAUUUGGGAGGACAUUAUGAUCAUAUUAAUGGGGCUAUCGGAGAUGGCCUGAUCAAUGUUGAAAUGAACACGGAAAAGAGGUCUCUCGACUUGCCUUACUCUAGCAACUUCAGCCAGCCCACCGCUCAACGCAAUCAGACCUUUACCUAUAUGGGCAAGUUCUCCAUUGACUCUCAGUACCCAAGCAACUGGAACCCGGACGGCGUCAUCAACAUAGUCAGUGCGGGGAUCCUGGGCAUGACCCAGCCGUCCUCAGCAUCCUCCUCUCCAGCCUCAUCAGUGUCGCCAAACCACUUCUCCAGCACGCUCAGCUGCACCAUGGCACAGAGCCAGGGGGACAUGGACCACAUCUACUCCCCGCCCCCGCCCUAUUCCGGCUGCGGGGAAGUUUACCAAGACCCGUCCGCCUUCCUGUCCACCUCCACGUGUCCCAUAUCCUACCCGCCGCCGUCCUACUCAUCCCCGAAGCCGAGCGCAGAUCCAGGUUUUCUGCCAAUUAUCCCAGACUACGGUUUCUUUCAGCCACCGUGCCAGAGGGACAUGCAGUCUCUGCCUGACCGAAAACCAUUCUCGUGUCCGCUUGACUCCUUCAGGGUGCCUCCGCCACUGACUCCCCUUAACACUAUCAGGAAUUUUACACUCGGUGGGCCCGUGUCCGAAGGGCCCAGACUACCGACCACAUACAGCCCACAAAACUUACCGCUGCGGCCCAUCUUGCGCCCUAGGAAAUACCCAAACCGCCCCAGCAAAACGCCUGUUCAUGAACGCCCCUACCCUUGUCCGGCUGAGGGAUGCGACCGGCGGUUCUCUCGCUCUGACGAGCUGACCAGACAUAUUCGCAUCCACACGGGACACAAGCCUUUCCAGUGUCGGAUAUGCAUGCGUAACUUUAGCCGCAGCGACCACCUGACCACUCACAUCCGCACACACACGGGCGAGAAACCCUUCGCUUGUGACUUUUGUGGACGGAAGUUUGCCCGCAGCGACGAGCGUAAGAGGCACACCAAGAUCCAUCUCAGGCAGAAAGAGAGAAAAUCAUCCAGCGCCUCAAAUGCCACAAACUCUGAGCGCUCGCUCGGCAUCAACUCAGCAGCCGGCGUGUGCUCCUCCAGUUCGAGCCAAUAGACUGCAACUUCCUGCUUGAUUAACACUAUUUAAUGAGCAUAACUUCGUUCAGUCGCAUUUGAUCUCAUAGAACUGAUGGAAUUAAUUAAAAAAUAAUAACUGUCAAGAUAAAAAAAACACUGACUGACUGGGAAAUUGUGCUACUCUGAUGCGCAUCCGCACCUUGGCCCGUCUUAAUACUGGCAGCUGUAGCCUGACUCAAAACAAAUGCACUUUGUUUAAAUGCAGGCUAAACGUAUAUCAUGUUUUCUCACCUGACACAGAACUGCUUAAUUACAUGUUUUAAGAAUGCUUCAGGUGGGUAACAUUUCAAUGAUGGGCCAUGGGUGACAGACAUAGAGGGAGAAAAUAUGCACUGACACAAGACUGCCACGAACUACUGAAUACUUGAAAUGGUGGUGGAAUCUCAAAACUGGCGAGGUAUUGUAAGGAACUAAUAACUGGAGUUCAUUUAAACCUUGGUUGUUUUCCCUCUUAUCGUGCCUUUUCGGUCAGUUCUUUUUGUAUAUAGCUUCAGACUUACGUGAACUUUUAAUUGAAUUGUAUAUUUGUCAAUUAAUAAGUAUGGGAACUUAAAAUAUAAAUAUAUUUUUGUAUACAGUGUUUUGUGUUACGUUUGGGAAGCGCUACAUUGCAAUAUAAUCCCCCCCAAAAACAAGGAAUGUAAAUGCUUCAACUCAUGCCAACGUUACGUUUGUUUCUUGUGAGCGUUUCAACUCAUAUGUGAAGUGAUAAAACUAAUGCAGGUCGAAGGCCACCUUGCUAUUUCUUGUCAACUAAAAGAAUAUAUAAAUAAAAACAAAAUAAAC